AUGCCAUCCACACAUAAGAAGGAAAAGCCCUGGGACACCGACGACAUUGACAAAUGGAAGGUUGACCCCUUCACCAAGGACGAGUCCUCGGGACCGUUUCUCGAGGAGUCAUCGUUCAUGACUCUCUUUCCUAAAUACCGCGAGCGUUAUCUCAAGGAUUCAUGGCCACUCAUCACAAAGGCCCUGGACAAGAAUGGCAUUACCGCGACGCUCGAUCUCGUGGAGGGUUCCAUGACUGUCAAGACAACAAGAAAAACAUUUGACCCCGCAGCCAUCUUGAACGCACGCGACUUGAUUAAGCUCCUGGCCCGUUCGGUACCAGCGCCACAAGCCAUCAAAAUUCUCGAGGACGGAAUGGCGUGCGACAUCAUCAAGAUCCGGAGUAUGGUGCGAAAUAAGGAGCGGUUUGUCAAGAGACGACAACGGAUACUGGGGCAGAACGGCACAACAUUGAAAGCGCUCGAACUCCUCACGCAAACAUAUAUCCUAGUACACGGCAACACGGUGUCCGUGAUGGGGCCAUUCAAGGGGUUGAAGGAGGUCCGGAGAGUGGUCGAGGACACGAUGCAGAACAUCCACCCGAUCUACUUGAUAAAAGAGCUGAUGAUCAAGCGGGAACUGGCCAAGGACCCGGCGCUGGCCAACGAGGACUGGAGCCGGUAUCUCCCCAACUUCAAGAAGCGCACACUGUCGAAGCGGCGCACACCAUUCAAGGUCACGGAUAAGGCCAAGAAGACGUACACGCCAUUCCCGCCAGCACCAGAGAAGAGCAAGGUCGACGAGCAGAUCGAGACAGGCGAAUAUUUCUUGGGGAAGGAGGCGAAACACCGGGCCGCUGAAGCGGAGCGGGCCGGGAAGGCUAAGCAGAAGAAAGAAGAGAAGAAACGCGAGCGCGAGCGUGAAUAUGUCCCGCCUGAGGAAGGGGCAGCCGCAACCAAACCCAAGAAGAGGAAGACGACGCACGAUUGA